AAACAGUACACAGCUUGCUCACUGAAUCAUGUGGCUGAGUUGAAGGUCCACCUUGUGCUCAUUAAUUAAAUGCUAAUAUUAGCAACAACAACAAAAAUGUCCACACUGUCAUUGUUCACCCUGUAAGCAAGCUCAUGUAUUUUGCUGUUUGUAUGUACAUUGUCUGCUUGCAGUUAAUUUAUUUUUUGAAGUGGGAGCUAACAGAAUAAUAUCUACUUAUUUGAAUGAAUAUACAAUUCCAAAACUUUUUAAAGGCACCUUAUAGUGAUAUUGACUCUAUUACGAUGCAUUUUUGUGGUGAAUACAUUUGUACAGAACAAUGUUUUGUAUUGUCUUGUGAGCCAUGUAUCAACUGUCUCUCUUGCCUCAUAGGGGUAUAGUGGAGGUCACAGCCAGCAGAUGCUCUGAUUGUCCACUGUACCUUUAAGGGAACUACACACUUUUUUUUUUCAUACAGCAGAUUCAGCGCUACAAGAACUGCCAUCAAUUUACAAGACCCUUUAUUCCCAGUACAGCAGAUGAGGAGGGACAAUUGCUAUGGCGCUUUUUUUAAAUGUUUAUUUUUUAUUUUUGCAUUUGUGAGAUCCGCUGCAUGAAAAUAUAGACUUGUGGUUUUAUUUAUUCUAGUCUGUCUUUUUCUGUAGUUGUUGACUGGGUACUGUUUAGCAAUGUGUAUUUCUGCAGCCUGGGUGCUUUUGGGAUUACUUUUUUGUGCCCAGUCCCAGUGCUCGGAGUGUCCCAGUGGCUGCGAGUGUUUUGCUGUCACACGCACAGUGAAAUGCGUCUCUAAGGAUCUCCUGAUGGUGCCGCAAAUUAUUCCAGGAUACGCAAAGACUGUCAUCAUCACGGGGAAUACUAUUCACAAGAUUGGACCUGAUUCUUUUACAGAGCUGGAGAAUGUUUCCAAUGUGAUUUUAAGCAAUAAUGGGAUGACAGAGAUGGCAUCCCACAGCUUCUCCGCACUCAUCAACCUGUGCUUCCUGGACCUCAGUGGCAACCAGCUGUCAAUCAUCCAUCCAGAAGCUCUAAGCAUCGCCGGCAGUCCUCUGCAGGAGCUCAACCUGAGCCGCUCGCUCUACAACUUCACCGCCCUGACAGACCUCACCACGGCUCUGCGCUGGGGGGACCUCCGGGGGCUCCUCCGUCUGGACCUCUCCGGGAAUCACCUCGCUCGGCUUCCCCCGGGGAUGUUCUCCCACCUGCUCAGUCUGCAGCAGCUCUUCCUUAGGAACAACUCUAUGGUGGCAGUCUACAGCGGAACCUUCUCCGGCAUGAACAACUUGGAGGUGCUCGACUUGACGCACAAUGCCUUCAGGACAUUCGGGGCUGAUGAUCUCAUAGAGCUGGAGAAGCUCGGGAACAUCCGAAUCCUUCUGGGUAACAAUCCGUACUCCUGCUCCUGUGACAUCCAGAGUUUUGUGGCUUGGUUGAAUGAUUCGCGAGUUCAGGUAGAUGUGGAUUCUGUGAGGUGCGCCUCGCCAAAGCGGGUAAUCAACACCCGGCUCCGAGGGCUUAGGUUGAGGGCCAUCGGAUGCAUUGGUCCCAACCCACCAGAGAUUACUGACCUUAGCUUACAGACGUCCUAUGUCUUCCUCGGGCUCGUGCUGGGCUUUGUGGGCAUGGUCUUCCUCUUCGUGCUCUACCUGAAUCGCAAAGGCAUGAAGAGGUGGAUUAUGGAAAUGAGAGACGCGUGCCAUGACGUCAUGGAGGGGUAUCACUAUCGAUACGAGAUUGACUCAGACCCUCGCUUGGGGCACAUCUCGGCUCCAAACGGCAUCGGCAGGGCACGUCAGCAUUUGGGAGUAUCUCUGUCGCAGCAACCACCAAAUGACACUUGUCUCGUUACUGCAGAAUCACAGGUCAAACCUCUCAAAUGUUCUUCUGAAGCUAGAAAUGUCUUGUAGAUUUGACUAGUUUACUCCCACUAGGUUUACAGUUUGUCUCUGUCUCUGAGCUUCUGCAUGUCCUGCAGCUGAACGUAAGAAAUAAACCCAACCCUUAAAGUGCCUUCGUGCGUGGAUGGUACUGACUGGAACAUUUUUUUUUUUUUUUUUUUUUUUUUUAGGUGUAGUUACCUGACAUUUUUAUAGAAAAAUAGUGCAUAGGAUUGUCAAACAUGCAAAAAUAAGUUUGCUUACAUGUAUAUUUGUGUUUUUAUUCAUUUGUUGUGACUUAAAACACUACUUCACUGUGUUGCCUGGCCUAUCUGAUUAUAUAAUUAUCUUUGUAAAGGCCACAUUUCUGAUACAGUUCUUGUAUGGUAGCACAUUAUCUAGGUCUACCUAAUGACUGUAUAUUUCCUUGCUGUCCAAAAUGAUCAUGUAUGGAAUUUGCUUAGUCGAAUGAGAAAGCACUCAAUUUAAUCAGACAUCCUGAUUGUAAAGCAUAUUUAGAAGUUCAAUUAGUUUGAAAUCUGUAAUUAAUAUGACAAAAGUUGUUUCUGAGCAACUGGCAUGAAAUGUGAAGUCCUCAUUAAACGAACACGCUUGCUGUAUUUUG